AUGCAGCGCAAGUCCUAUGUGAGGACUUCCUCGACCGUUUCUCCAGGUUCGAUCGAGCGCUCCGAGUGUUUGCAGACGCUCAGCUCUCAAGAGCUUGCAGAAGCUCAAGAGAGGCUGAUUGUACAGGCUCAGAAUCGGGUAUACGCGAAAGAGUGUGCUUCCCUCCGGUCCCAUAAUCGUCUAAUCGGGUCAAGCGAUAUCCUAAGCUUGAAUCCGUUCCUUGACAAGCAAGGUGUCCUGCGUUCCUGUGGACGCGUAAGAGCAUCCACCUCCUUAUCCUACGACGAACGGCAUCCAAUAAUUCUCCCGUUCGGCUGCGUGUUUUCACGCCUCCUGGUUUCCUUCACGCAUCAGGUCUCCCUCCAUGGAGGCAACCAAUUGGUGAUGCGGCUGGUGCGAACCAAGUUCUGGAUCCCCAAGCUGAGGAACUUGGUGAAGACAGUAAUUAGUGCAUGCAAGACCUGCGUGAUUCAUCGCCGCAAGCUCCAGUCGCAGCUGAUGGACUUCGCCGGUCCCUUCGACGUCAAGAGCUACGUCGGACGGGGCUGCAAGAUUACGAAGGGUUACGUAUGUGUCUUCGUGUGCUUCAGCACGAAGGCGAUCCAUCUUGAGGCGACCACGGAUCUGACAGCGGAAAAGUUCUUGGAAGCUUUCUCCCGAUUCGUGGCACGGCGCGGGUGCCCUCUUCACAUGUACUCUGACAACGGGAAAACGUUCGUCGGAGCCUCCUCCAUUCUCUCCAAAGAAUUUGUGGAGAGCACCCGCAACCUGAUUGUCACCACUCACAGCCAUCAAGGUCUUGCAUGGCAUUUCAACCCACCUGGUGCCCCUCACAUGGGGGGUCUCUGGGAAGCAGGCGUCAAGAGUUUUAAGACGCAUUUCUACAAGACGGUUUCCUCCGUAAAACAUACGUUCGAGGAGCUUUCCACCCUCCUAUCCAAAAUUGAAGCGUGCCUCAAUUCGCGGCCUUUGUCUCCUAUGUCAGAGGAUGUGAGCGACUUGGCGGCACUUACUCCCGGUCAUUUCCUGAUCGGGGGUCCGCUACUCUCCAUGGCGGAGCCAGAGUCCAGAGAGGAUGUGGAGUCCAUCCGCAACCGCUGGCAACGGCUCAAGGCUCUCCAUCAGCAUUUCUGUGUGCGAUGGAAGAACGAAUAUCUGAAGGAAUUGCAUAAACGGAAUAAGUGGCAGUCACCUUCACGCGAUCUCCAAAUCGGUGACAUGGUGGUCAUCAGAGAGGAGAAUAUACCGCCACAAGAAUGGCGCCUCGGGCGUGUGCUGACCGCUUGCCCAGGCGCUGAUGAAAGGGUCCGUGUGGUUGACAUCCAGACGUGUCGUGGUGUUUUCCGCCGACCAGUUGCAAAGCUGGUCCUCCUUCCUACGGGACACGCGCUCUGA